AUGUGUUAUCCUAUGGUUAUAGCACGUUUUCUAAUGGCAAAUGUGAUUGAUCAAUUACUUGAACAUCAAAAUCAAAAUGCUAAUACACAUUUAAUAAUUGAUUAUCUUGAUUUAAUAAAAAAAAUUAUUCAAUUACUUGGUUAUUCAGAUUUAUUUGAUUUUGAUCAAUUAUUAAUUUCAACCCAAAUUGGAUCUAUAGAAGAAAUUCGUGUUAGUGAAGCCUUAAAAACAGAUAUUACAUAUCUUUUAUCUUUAUGUGAACAUGGUGAUCUACAUUUACGUGGUGCAUGUGCGAAUUUACCUGCUACAUUAAUUUAA